ACCAUUCAGCGGCGGGGUGCGGUGACGAGGCGACGGGGGGAGACCAAUAGGACUCGGCGGGGCGGGACCAACGGCAGCUGCAGACACAGAGAGACAGAGACACAGAGGGCAGACCAGAGGGGAUUAUUUUGGGUACGGAGCGUGACUAUGGCGGGGACGGCGAGGCAUGACCGUGAGAUGGCAAUGGAUGCCAAGAAGAAGCUGCAGCAGUGCUCGGACCCCAUCGAGAAACUCCGAUUGCAGUGCCUGUCCCGGGGCUCUGCUGGCAUCAAGGGGCUGGGCAGGGUGUUCCACAUCAUGGACGAUGACCGGAGCCGCACGCUGGACUACAAGGAGUUUGUGAAGGGUCUGAAUGACUAUGGUGUGCUGCUGGAGAAGGAGGACGUGGAAGCUGCCUUCAAACGCUUCGACAAGGACGCCAGUGGGACCAUCGACUACGACGAGUUUCUCCUAACCUUGCGGCCUGCAAUGUCCAAUGCCAGAAAGGAGAUCAUUGCGCAGGCCUUCCGCAAGCUGGACAAGACGGGGGACGGUGUGAUCACCAUUGAGGACCUGCGUGGAGUCUACAAUGCCAAGCACCAUCCCAAGUACCAGAACGGAGAGAUGACCGAAGAGCAGAUCUUCCGAAUAUUCCUCGACAACUUCGACUCGCCCAACGAGAAGGACGGGAUUGUGACGAUGGAGGAGUUUCUAAAUUACUACGCGGGGGUCAGUGCAUCCAUCGACACCGAUGUCUACUUCAUCGUCAUGAUGAGAAAUGCCUGGAAACUGUGAGGGGCGCCGCAGGGCCGGGGGGUGACCAGAUUUGAGUUUAUAAAUUACUACUCUGGAGUGAGUGCCUCGAUCGACCUUGAUGCCUACUUCAUCCUGAUGAUGCAAUCGAGCUGGCGCCUCUGAUGGUUCACGGGUGGCGAGAG